AUGGCCGGUACGGCGACGAAAAUUUGCAAAAAUCUUAUCAAAACUUCCGUUUCGAACGGUUGUUUAUCCAGCGUGGCCCCCGUGCAGAACAGAAGCUAUGGCACUAAACGAAUACGGGCCAAGAACCCGGUGGUGGAAAUGGAUGGUGAUGAAAUGACGAGGAUCAUAUGGCAUAAAAUAAAGGAAUCGUUGAUUCUUCCAUACGUUGAUGUGGAAUGUCUCUACUACGAUUUAGGUCUUCCCUACAGGGACCAAACGAAUGACCAAGUUACCAUUGAUGCCGCCCAAGCCAUUUUGAAGCACAACGUAGGAAUAAAAUGUGCAACUAUUACACCCGAUGAGCAAAGAGUAGAAGAGUUUAAACUAAAGAAAAUGUGGCUGUCUCCGAACGGCACCAUCAGGAACAUCCUCGGAGGAACCGUCUUCAGGGAGCCCAUUCUGUGCAAAAACAUUCCUCGAUUGAUCCCCGGCUGGACGCGGCCGAUGAUCAUCGGCAGACACGCGCACGGCGAUCAGUACAAAGCCGUCGAUUUGGUGAUCGACAAACCAGGAAAAGUUUUCUUGGAGUACGUCCCCGACAGCGGCGCCACGAAGCGCCUGGACGUGUUCGCCUACAAAGGCGGCGGCGUCGCGUUGGCAAUGUACAACACCGACGAAAGCAUCACGGCGUUCGCGCACUCCUCCUUCCAGGUGGCGCUGCAGAAGGGCUGGCCGCUCUACUUGUCGACGAAGAACACCAUCCUCAAGAAGUACGACGGCCGCUUCAAGGACAUCUUCCAGGAGGUGUACGAAAAAACGUACAAGCCCCAGUUCGAGGCGAAGAAAAUCUGGUACGAACACCGGCUCAUCGACGACAUGGUCGCCCAGGCCAUUAAGUCUUCCGGAGGAUUCGUAUGGGCGUGCAAGAACUACGAUGGAGACGUCCAAUCUGAUAUCGUCGCUCAGGGUUACGGAUCGUUGGGUAUGAUGACGUCGGUGUUGAUGUGCCCCGAUGGCAAGACCAUGGAAUCGGAGGCGGCUCACGGAACAGUCACUCGUCAUUACAGGGAGCACCAAAAGGGCAAUCCAACGUCGACCAAUCCUAUAGCGUCGAUUUUCGCGUGGACUCGAGGCUUGUCGCAUCGCGGCAAGUUGGACGAUACGCCCGAGUUGAUGAAAUUCGCCGAUCGGGUGGAGCGCGCGUGCAUCGACACCGUGGAGUCCGGGAAAAUGACCAAGGAUCUGGCCGCCUCCAUCCACGGUUUGGCCAACCUGAAGGAAGGCAUGUACCUGAACACCCAGGACUUCUUGGACGCCAUCGCCGAGCAGCUGAAGAAGACGGCGUAA